UACCACACUUACAAGACCUACCCCAUAAAGUGUGUUUUUAACUGCUUUUCUGUUCUACAAGGAACUUUUCAGGUUGAAGUGCCCACUUUUAUGUAGCCAUGUAUAACAGUGGCUACUCACACACCAAAAUGGGGCUGGCAGCCAAGAACCUGCACAAAUCGAAGGAGAGGAGCUGCGGUUAUUAUAUGAGAAUAGUCUUAUUUUUCUCCUCACUGAUCCAGUCUCUCAUCAUUGUCAGCCUGGUGCUCUUUCUGGUUUAUGGAGAACCUCAGCAGACGGUGGAGGAGAAGAGAAUCCAGGAGCUUGAACAAAGUUAUAGCAGACUCUCAUUGGAAAACGUCGCUCUCAGAGCCAAGGAGAAGAACCUAAGUCUGCAACUGAACCUCACUCUUGCUACGAAGAAGCUGUGUGAGAAUAACAUUACCUACAUACGCAGACAAGCCGACUAUUUAAACCUUUCUUUCAACAGCAUGAGAACGAAAUUGGCUGAGUGUGAGGCGAAGAGAUCCAAUGGGGUGCCUUGUUCAACCAACGACAAAUAUUUGGAACAUCGUUUGAAGCAAACUGAGGAGUUGCAGAAACUACUCAGGGCCAACUUCACAGAGCAAAUGCACGUCGCCAAACUCGAGUUAGAGAACACUCAGAAAGACCUCAUCAGAUAUCGGUUGGAAGCAAUUGAACUUCGGCGGGAAAAAGCCUUACUUGAGGAGAGGCUCGACAUAUACGAGAAGAAGUGUAAGGAGGACUUCAUUAAGUCCUUACAAGGGAUUCCCGAUGUCACCAAGGAAUUUCUCAAAAGGGUUGACGAUUUGUUCUCGAAGCACAUUUCCUUCCAGCUGACAUGUGAGAAGCAGAGUCUUCAGCUGGAGAAAAUCCGUGCAAACUGCAGCAGCCUCUCAUCCGAGGUGGAGAACAAGCUUCAGUUGUACCUAGACAAAGUGGGGAGCCAGAUCACCCAGACUGUCGGCGAAAAUGCCAAAUGCCUCACAGAGAACAAACGUCUAAAUGAGGAUACUAGCUGGUGCAUCCGCAACCGCAGUGAGAUCAUUGAGGGGAACAAGAAGAUUCUCAAGCAAACCCAACAAAACAAUGACAAAGAGGUGGAACAUCUCCUGCUGGACAUCAGAAAACUAAACGCAAAUACGAAUCUUCUGGAGAAUUCACUGUCGGUGAAGAACAUUGAGAUUAAAAUGCUGAACGACAAAGUCAACAACCUAAAUGCUUCAUUGUCUGUUUGUAAGACCCCGCCAUUCCCCAGGACACCAACCAUCCCAUUCAUGAGACCUGGAGCUUCAUCUUUUGGAACAGGCAUGAGUUCUCCAGGGCUGGGCUCAAACCCUGGGCUGGGUUCAAACCCUGGGCUGGGCUCAAACCCUGGGCUGGGCUCAAACCCUGGGCUGGGCUCAAACCUUGGGCUGGGCUCAAACCCUGGGCUGGGAUCACCAUCGUUAGGUACUUUUGGAUCUAACCCAAGUGGAGGGUCCCCAUUCGGAGGAGUAAAACCAAUAACUGGAGGUGACAUAACAGCAAAAAUUAAUCAGCACUUGAAAGAGCUUCAUCAGUAUGCAAAAACAGACUGAAGGAAUGACCAGAGGCCAAACCUCGAGUAAAUAAUGAUAUGAAAUGAUGUAAAUAAUGGCUUAAACAGCAAAUUGCAUUGCAUUAUUUAGUACAUAUACAUGAAAGCAUUUCUGUUAGACUUACUUGGAUAACAUGAGGAUUACGUCUAGAUCUUUAAGGCUAUGAAGUAAAAUAAGCUUGAAGCUACAGUAAGCUAGUUAAAUCUCAUGAAAUAGCAGAGAUGGCAAUGUAACGAUUUUGCAUAUAUGGCUCAUAUAUUUCUUCAUUUAUGUCCAGAGGUAUGCAUAAGUUUGGGAACCCUGGAUAAACUACACUGUUUGUUGAUCUUUUUUUUAAGAGUAAAUAAAGCAGCAUUUUUACAUCUGCACACUUGAGUGCACAAUUCAUGUUUAUUUGCUUAUUUUAACAAAUUGGGAAAAAGCUAUAAAGAUUGGCUUGAAACAGCAUAUUGCAUUUCAUUAUGUAUGUGAUUUUUUUGUUGUAUUAUGGUUUAUUUCCUCAACAUCUUAAAUUGAGCAAAUAAAUAUAAAAUGUGUUCUUAACAUUUUUUUUCUGUGUAACAUUUAAAUUUAAAUACUGAACCAAACAAUGCUUAUUUUAAACACUAUUCAAAUGUUUGUAUUUGCCUGUAAUUAUGU